UGAAUAGAUUAUAGAUAUUCCAACCUGCAAACACACACACGCUCUCUUCUCCACUAUACACAAACUCCAAUGAUUUCACUGAAUCUAGCGGUAACCUGCUCACCGGUGAACGCAACAUACCUUCGCAAGUGACUGGUGACUGAUGACUGAUACCCAUUUUCCGGUACACCAGGAAGAAGAAGAAGAAGAAGCAACAGGGCCACCGGAGUGAACUCGAGACUGAAGGCAACGACCUUGGCUUGUUUUACACUUUUCCUUUCGAUAGAGAUCCAGUAGUCGUCAAGCCUUCAAGAUUGAAUCUCCGAUCUGAUUACAUUCCCAGGUCUGACCUCUCCAUACGAUUAAAUCAUCAACCGCGGAGAGGUGAAGCCAAAGAAUAAAGGAGAAAUGGCAAACAAGGUAUCGAAUUUCUCCGACCUAAUCCAACGAGUGGCAGCUUCCUGUUUGCUGCACCCACUCGCCGCCGGCAGGCAUGAUUCUGGGAAUCUAGCGAGGGACGAGAGAGAAGUGUACGAGUAUGAGACUGACGAGCGGGAGGAAUUUGAGGAAGGAGAGAAGGUGGAUGUGGAGGAGGAGGUGGGAGAGAAGAAAGGGAGUUUUAGAGCUUGGGAUCAGGAGAAGAACAAGGGCGGAAUGGUGGCUAUUGAGAGAGUAAUGGAGAUGGAGAUGCUAAUUAAUGAGGCUUUCGAUUCUGUCUCGGCGAUGAAGAGAGCAUAUGUGAGUUUACAAGAGGCGCAUUGUCCGUGGGACCCGGAGAGGAUGAGGGUUGCUGACGUGGCAGUAGUGGGAGAGCUAAGGAGGCUAGGUGUAUUAAGAGAGAGGUUUAGGAGGCGCGUUAGUAUUGGUGGCUAUGAAGGGAGAAAGAGAAAUGACGGUGGCGACGGAGUGGGGAUGUUGAGAGAGGUGGUGGCGCCGUACGAGGCUGCGGUGGAGGAGCUGAAGAGGGAGGUGAAGUCGAGGGAAGUGGAGGUGGAGAAUUUGAAGGGUAAGCUGAAGACCCUUAGUACCAGCCUGAGCAAUGGAAAUGGAAAGAAAGGGAGAUCUCAGUCAAAGAGGAAAGUCAGCUGCAGUCAAGUUGCUCAAGUUGCUGCAGCACCUGCGCCAGAUCUUUUUGAAGCAACGAUGAACCAGGUGAAAGAGACCUCAAAGUCCUUCACAUCUCUUCUCUUGUCCCUCAUGCGCGCUGCCCACUGGGACAUUGCUGCUGCUGUCCGCUCCAUUGAAGCAGCUGCAGCCACCACUGAAAAUAACGCUACCAACAACCACGCUACUGCCAUCGCCUCCACCAUUGUAACCCACCACGCCAAGUAUGCUCUGGAGUCUUACAUUUCUCGAAAACUCUUCCAGGGCUUCGACCACGAGACCUUCUAUAUGGACGGCAGCCUAUCCUCACUUCUAAACCCAGACCAGUUCCGCCGUGACUGCUUCACUCAGUAUCGCGACAUGAAGGCCAUGGACCCUAUUGAGCUUCUUGGAAUCCUGCCAACUUGUCACUUCGGCAAAUUCUGCUUCAGGAAGUAUGUUGCCAUUGUUCAUCCAAAAAUGGAGGAGUCAUUGUUCGGAAACUUGGAGCAACGCCAGCAAGUAUUAGCUGGUAGCCAUCCAAGGAGUCAGUUUUAUGGCGAGUUCUUGGGGCUAGCGAAAGCUAUUUGGUUGCUUCACUUGCUGGCAUUCUCACUCGACCCUGCACCAAGUCAGUUUGAGGCAAGUAGAGGAGCUGAGCUUCAUCCGCAAUAUAUGGAGAGUGUAGUGAAAUUUUCGAGUGGCGGAACUCCAGCUGGUCAGAUUGUAGGGUUUCCCGUCAGUCCUGGGUUCAAGCUUGGAAACGGAUCAGUUAUCAAGGCGAGGGUUUAUCUAGUGCCCAGGACGUGAUGAUUGUAAUUCCGUGCUGUAGGAUAUAAAGGGUAGCUGAGGAACUUACCUUCUCUGGAGAGAACUUGAGAGUGAUUCUAGGGGAGAAAUAAUUUGCUAGUGUUGUUAGUGAAUAGGGAUGAUCGGUUAUCUGGGCUAUAAUGUAUUAUGAUAAACAUAGGUUGUUUUGUUGGAAAUGUGAUUCGAGUCCUAGUAUCAGAAUCCCUAGGGCUAUAUCGAACAUAUUAUGCAUCCGUCAAGUUUGUCUUUAUGUUCAAGACUUUUAAAGCCUCUAGUUUAUUUGUGCUUCA